AAGUUUCGAUCAUCCAACACAAUUAUUCCUCUAACUCUGCUUAGCUGGCCCCUACAUCUGAUCAACACUAUGACUGGCAGCAAGAACGUGGUGUUCGACAUUGUCGGCACCCUGGUGUCGUAUGACGUCCUCUUCGAUGCGAUUGACACCCAACUGGGCGACCGUCUCCGUGCAGAGGGCAUCAAGCCGUCUCUGCUAGGAUACACCUGGAUCGAGGUUGCGGAACGAGAGUACACCUAUUUGAGCCUGUCGGGCCAGUAUAAGCCGUUUGCAACCUGUUUCGAGCUACUAUUUUACCGGAUGCUCCAUAUGGCCGGCAUCGAGAACCCAAGAAGCUUUGCCACGGACAGCGAUCUUGCCUUUAUCAUGAGAGAGUACGCAAAGCUAGGACUGCGUCCCGGAGCGAUCGAGUGCGUCACCAAGCUGCGUGAUGCUGGGUUCACUGUCUGGGCGCUGACAGCGGGGGACAUCGCGAGAGUGGGGGGAUAUUUUGCCAACGCUGGUCUUGCCUGGCCUGCAGAGAACCUGAAAUCUUGCGAUACGCAGGGUGUGGGCAAGCCCGACUUGCAGGUAUACCAACCGCUCCUGGAGCAGUUGUCUGAGAAUGGGCAGCCCUGGUUCGCUGCUGGCCAUAUGUGGGACGUUUCGGCGGCUCGCCGUGCGGGAUACAAAGGGGCAUACUGCUCCAUCUGGGAGAAAGAGCCCAUCGUGGAGUUAUUUGGAGAGAUGGAAGUCAUGGCUGACACGCUUCCCGAGAUGGCCGACAGGAUCAUUGCCGCGGAAAGUGCCUGAGUAGGAGAUCACGACGGAUAGCUUCGAGGCAGGUGAUAGGCAUGUUGACUUGAGCUUGGGCAGUGGAGCAGCGCGUCAAGCUAGAGAUAACUAUGUUAAGUCGCUAGUUCAUAGGCAGACAUCGCCGACUAAUCUUAUCUGUCCCUCUGCGGAUGUUUCUCCCUC